UGUCAAGUCAAAAUGUCAACUGUCGCUGAGGCUGUCAGUCAGCUGUCACAUCAGAAGUUAUCUGAAAAGAUUUUUUUGGAAAAUUUAUAAAAUAAUUAUUUGUUCAUAACUUAAAGGAUUUGCAAAACUACUUUUUACCUAAGAAUAUUAAUGGGUUUGUGCAGUUCAAGCUGAAUUAAUUUUAAAAUUUUGACUUCCACAUUGACACAAAAGGUUAUUUCCAUUAAUAAAAUAGGAAGAGACAUGAACAAGCAACAAAAUCUACGUACACCAAAACGUACUCCAAUUACUGAUGAUUAUGAGAUAACAAAACAGGUAUUAGGCUUAGGAAUAAAUGGGAAAGUUGUGGAAUGCUUCAGUAAACAAAACAAAGAAAAAUAUGCUUUAAAAAUAUUAGUGGACAGUGUAAAAGCCAGAAGAGAAGUUGAUCUACAUUGGAGAGCCAGUGGAUGUCGCCAUAUUGUGAAUAUAAUAGAUGUUUAUGAAAAUAAGUAUAAUCAUGGUACAUGUCUGUUAGUUGUGAUGGAAUGUAUGGAAGGUGGUGAAUUGUUUCAAAGAAUACAAGACAGGCCAGAUGGAGCUUUUACAGAAAGAGAAGCUGCCCAAGUAAUGCAUGAAAUAUGUAUAGCAGUUAAAUACUUACAUGAUAACGACAUCGCUCACAGAGACUUAAAGCCUGAAAAUUUGUUGUAUUCAAAAAAAGGAAAUUUCGGUGUACUUAAAUUAACUGACUUUGGAUUUGCUAAGGAGACUUUAAUUAAAGAUACACUUCAAACCCCAUGUUAUACACCUUAUUAUGUUGCUCCUGAAGUAUUAGGUCCCGAAAAAUAUGACAAAAGCUGUGAUAUAUGGUCUUUAGGUGUAAUUAUGUAUAUACUGUUAUGUGGAUUUCCUCCUUUUUACAGCAACCACGGUCUUGCUAUUUCUCCUGGUAUGAAAAAACGGAUUCGAAUGGGCCAGUACACAUUUCCCAAUCCCGAAUGGCAAAAUGUAAGCCAAGGUGCUAAAGAUCUUAUUAGUGGUAUGCUCAAUGUUGAUCCUACUGAAAGGUUUACCAUAGAUCAGGUCAUGAGCAACAAUUGGAUCGCGGUAUGUACCGCCGUACCCCAGACACCUUUGCACACGAACAAAAUGUUGAAAGAAAGUGUUGAAAUCUGGCCAGAAGUACAAGAAGAAAUGACCCGAUCGUUAGCGACAAUGCGAGUGGACUAUGACCAAGUACAAAUCAAAACUUUGGAAAAUUCAAACAAUCCACUCUUGAAUAAAAGACGUAAAAAGGUUGCCAUUUCAGAUAAAUAAUGUCUUUCUGAUAUGAUCUUAAUUUAAUUUAUAUUUUCUUUGAAAAAUUCGUUAAAGUAGUUUAAGAGCAUUUAAAAAAGUUCGCUUCUUUAAAAGUUUUAGUUGACAUAAUUCCAUGUACUUAUCAUUUCGGCUAUACUGCAGUGAUGGCUGCUCAGGUUACACUGCAUGUUCAAAUUUAAAUAUCCAUUGGAAUAUAACAAAAUGGCUGAAUUGUCCUAGUUAAUUUUUUUGUUUUACUACUGCGUGUGAAGACUUAGGUGGGACCUCGAUAGAUAUUUUUACUGUGCAGUUCUUUGCCCCAAUUCAUGAAGUAAGAUCUUAAAUAAUAUUUAUAAGAAACUACUUACGUACAUGGGCCAGUCGACGUCAAAAUCUCCUAGCCUUCGCAGAACAAUCCUUUUCAUCUUCAGGGAGAAAUUGCAAAUGUUAAGUAUGACCAAAAAAUGAUGGAUUAGCCAGUACAUGUAAUUAUGUCAAUAUCCAAAAGCAACAGUAACUAGAAUUAUGCUAAAAAGACUUAAUAAUUAAAAAAUAUUGAUUUUACAUCAAUCUAAUUUGUUAAUAUUUCAGUUUUUACUGAAAUGUAAAAUGUUAAUAUGUGAAUAUAAUGAAAAAG